AUGGUAGGAAAUUUAAUAAGCACAUGGCUAAAAGCACACAAUCUCUUUGGUGAGGACAUUCACCGGACCACAAGCAUUAACAACAACAGUUUUCGCAAAAAUCAUAAGAAAUUUCCAAUCCAGAAUUCCCACAACCGACGACCAAAACAAUAUACAUCUUUGCCUUCAACUUUUUUGCCGUUUUCGUAUUUGCUCGAUAGAAUGAACUCUCCCAGUGCAGGAAAACUAUCUAGCCCAGGCACUUCAGAGAUGACACCUUCGCUGUUCUCACCAGUUGCAACCACAAGACACUUCGCAAGGUCAACAAUUUGGAUAAUAGAACAUGCAAAGGUGCCAAAAUCAAGAACUAAUCACCAGCAGAAUCAUACUGCAUGUGAAACCCAAUUGAAACCUGAAACAACCAUGAAUGGUUAA